AUGCACUCAGAAUACAUCUUAGAAUUCUUGAAUAUUAUGAGUUUCAUUGAAAAGAAACCAUUCAUUACUCCAGUACUAAAAGCCCAGUCUUCACUACUCUAUGUGGUAUAUGCAUUAUAUACUGAAGAGUAGCAGUUAAUACUAAGGUAUUUGCAUUAAAUACUGAGUAUAACUUUUUCAGAGUGA